GGACAAAAUAGCCACACGCAGUUAACUAUUUACGCUACCAAAAUUUGUUUGAUUAAUUUUAGAUGCAUAAAUGCUAAAGCGGCUCCGCUACAUUUGGUGGCGGUAACUAGGUAUUAUCUGGUGUUGCUACGUCCUUCUUAAAGACGGUAGAAGAAGAAGCGAGGGCAACAUGGCGGCGUACAUGAGAGGCGUGAUUAAUCUCGCUUCCACAGAGAUAAGUGCUUUCCUAUCUAAGGGAAGCGGUAUUACCGUGGAAUCUAAGCGGUAUGUACGCGGGCUGAGAAGGAAACCUGUCAAAGUGUUGUUUCCCGAAAACGAGACAAGUAAAAUCGUGAAGCCGCCGCCACAGUCUCGGCCAGCAGAGCGAGAUGUCAAGAGGCAAGGGGGGGCGAAAGUCACAUAUACAACAGACGAGAGAGAUUUUGUAAGGACCAAGACAAAUGCGCAAGGAAAUGUAAAGCCUGCUCCUGUUACUGUACCUGUUACAAAGAAUGAAGUUGACGGACUGCGAUUUGAGAGGGCGUUCCCCGGAGAUAAACGACUGUCGAGGUUGGUGAGCGUUGCUCGUUCCAGGACAUUCCGAGAACAUCAGGGUAAAAUCCUCCUGGAGGGCAGGCGUUUGAUCUGUGAUGCCCUGGUUGCUGGUGCCAAACCACAGACGGUGUUCUUCAGUAAAGUGGAACGGCUCCAAGAGCUGCCCUUAGACAAGCUGAGAAGGGCCACGCUGAUAAAAACCAAGUUUGAGGACAUCAAGAUCUGGUCUGAUGUUGUGGCCCCACAGGGGGUGAUCGCCAUUUUUUCUCGCCCGGACCCGUCACAACUGAACUUUGCAAGCAAAGGUCAUUCAAUGCCCCUGUCCCUGAUAUGUGACAACAUCCGAGAUCCGGGUAAUCUCGGGACUAUGCUGCGAUGUGCUGCUGCUGCUGGCUGCCAUAGUGUGCUCCUCACCAAGGGUUGCGUUGAUGCUUGGGAGCCUAAAGUUCUGCGUGCAGCAAUGGGCGCCCAUUUCCGCCUUCCUAUUUAUCCCAGUCUGGACUGGGAUGAUAUUGAAGGUCAUUUGCCUGAAAAUGUGACUGUGCAUGUGGCUGACAAUAUCGGCGGUCCUGACCAGAGUAGAGAAACAGAAACAGAAGUUAAUACGUCCUCCAAAGCAGGAGAUUAUGGCUGGGUCAGCACUAGGUCUGUUCACAAAAACACACAAGUCGAGGAAUACGAAUCUGACUCGGAUUAUGAUUCAGACUCUGAUGAUGAGGAACUUAAACUCCCCAGCGUGCACAGCAAGCCGUACCAUGAGAGCUGGGCUCAGAGUCCCACCGCUCUUGUGGUAGGCGGCGAGACUCAUGGUCUGAGUCUAGAAUCAGUCGAGUUAGCCGAGAAGACCGACGGUCGCAGGCUCUUCAUUCCCAUCGUUCCUGGUGUGGACAGCCUGAAUUCAGCCAUGGCUGCCAGUAUCCUUUUGUUUGAGGGCAGGAAGCAACUGUUAAAUCUGCUGCAAACAUCUGGAAAGAAACGUCAAGCUAAAGCUGAGAGACAGCUUUCAUAAUGCUUCCUCUAUAUAAAGAGACUAAAUGGAACUAAGUUAACAAGUUUUGCUCAUCAUAAAACUCCAGAAUUUCUAUUGAAAUUAAAAUCCAUGGCUGAAUUAUGUGUGCUUUUCACGUUUUUUUCAUUGCUGCAACCACAGAUUGGCCUAGUGACUACAAGUUAAUAAUUUUCUGCAUAAAAUACAGUGAAACUGUUCCUUGAGAGUUCCCUAGAGCUACGGUACGGUAGUUUUUUUUCUGUUUAUCAAUGAAAAAGCCAAGGAUUUUCAGUGCAUUCACCAUAAGUGCACUGAAAAUCCUUGGAAAAGCAGCAAAUUCUCUCAUCUGGGAAGCUGAAAAACGAUAACCAUUGGCUUUUUAGCCCCCCAAAAAUAAGACCAAGUUAAAAUAGCUGCUAAGUUUCUGUUAAUUGUCUAACCCCUUAUGGAAACCAGUAAAGGACUUUUGUAAUAUUUUUAGGAUGGGAAUAGAGGAGAGAGUAUUUUACAUUUAAGUUUGUAAAGUAAUUUAAGGCAUUGAAAUUGCUGUCAAUACCCUUUGUGUGUCCUGUCAGGAUUAUAUAUUUAUGGAAAUGGAACAAAUAGUGGAAACACCUUUUUUUUUUUUUGGAAAAAAAAAUCUGCUCAUUCAUUUGGUUACUAUGGCGACCAAAUGAAAGAACUGGCUGCGGAUUGUGAUGGGAACAAUAAAGCUCUUAAUGCACAGUGCGCCUUUAA